CGCUGAACAAAAAAUAAUUGCACAAAAUAAUCGCAGGCAAAACGGAAAAAAAAAAGGCACGCACGAGGAGCGACUUGCUUGAAGGCAGAAGCACACACGAAAGCACACGGGCUUUUGUGUCCUGCGGACAGAAGGACAGAAGGACAGAAGGAGGAGACACGGAAGCAUUUGUGAGGAUGCGACGACCAAGAGCCUUAGUGUGCGUGUGCCUCCUCGCACUGGCAGCAUGCCUUCUUCUUCCCACGUGCCAAGCGGGGACCAUCAGCAUUCGGCUCAUCAAAGCGACGCUCAAAAUGGGGUCUACAAAACGCCCGCCACAACAAGUGCAGUUUAAAGUUCUUGGAUAUGGUGGUCGCCUAACUUUUCGGAGAAGCAACGCUGGAACAUACGAGUGGCAGACAUUCCCGGAAACGGACUUCGAUGCCAGCCCGAGAAUUCACGUUUUCAUCAAGGACAGCGAUUGGAGCCUUUGGCAGAGGCAGGCACAGAAAGGGCAUCUCGGCUCGAAACGCUUCCAUUUCACGAAGGGCAACUGCAGUCAACAGGUGGCUGAGGGAAAGGAGUCAAGAACCGUUUCUUCCAGCACAGCUAAAGUCUUCUACGUCAUACGAUAUUCUCCAAAUGCCAUUGCCAAUCUCGUACAUCUGUACAUCCUCACAUUCGGCUGUGUGGUGCAGACAAAGGAUACAGCUCAUCACCACCGCAUCCUCGACGAGUUCGUCGUCAUCUACGUCAACGUCCACCUCAAGUACAAGUACAAGUUCAACCUCAACCUCAACCUCAACCUCAACCUCAACAUCAACAUCAACCUCAACUUCAACCUCCACAAGCACCAGCACAAGCACAUCGACGUCAUCAUCCACGUCAACAUCCUCCUCUUCGUCCUCCUCAACAGCAACAACAACGGCGACAACAGCUUCAACAAAUUCCUCCCGCAUCAUGCCGAGCUCAAACUCAGCGCCACCAUCAACAACCAUGAGCGCACCGCCGCCUUCUGCUGCUUCCUCAAGCGCUGGCUCCACCACAACCACCGUGUCGCUGUGCUCGUGACCCUCACGCUAUUUCUCGUCAAACGAACACGGCGCAAGCCAACACCAGCAACAGCGGCAGGCGCAGCAGAUGCCUCUGGCCUUGUCGGCCACGCUGCGACUGUGGCGCCUGUUGUCAACCCCCUGUUCGUGCCCCGCGCGGAGUCUUUCCGCCACGAUGACGCGGAGGGUAACAGCAGUAUGUACCACGGUGCUCGAGGUGCGUGGAUGAACGGCGCCAACAGCGAUGACGACGACGUCAGGGGUGACAAAGGACACGGCGAUGCUGUUCUCCGUGCACACGGGCACGCGGCCGCUUCCAACACCGCGCCGUUGUGGCUGCCGCCUGCUGCCCAUGGAGGCUCUUCACAUCAACCUUUCGCUACUGGCAGCACGGAUGUUGACGAUGAGUGCGACUACGAUGACGUGACCUUGGGCGGCAUGCCAUUGCCACCGCCCCGUCCGCCACGCCGGCCGCAAACAACACACCAUCAAGCGCAGCAGCAACAGGCGUACGUGGUGAUGGCGCCGCGUGCACAUCACCCGCAACAUGCUGGCGACCACAACGGCGUGCAUUCGCCGCGUCAACACCACCGCCAGCAGCAACAGCAACAGCAGCACGAGCCAGUAGUGGUGGCACCUAAUCCGGUGUACAACCACCUUGCGCCAACCGUCGACUUGACACCAGACUACGAGGCGUUGGCGGAACCGCAUCAGCGCCCGCCUGUCCUGACCGCAGACAGCGACAUCAACGUGUACAACCACCUCGCUACAAACCACGAGUCAUCCUCUUCCUCCAUUUAA